AUGGCCAAAUUCAAAGCUCUUUUCACAGUUCUGCUGUGUCCAUGUUGUCCAAGGGUUCAGAAACGGGCAACCAAAAUGGGCGUUUUGCUUGCAGUAUUCGAAGGUUUUUCAGUAAUUAAAUUUGGCGUAAAUGCUGUACUUUCUGCAGAAGAGAUAACGAAAAUUGUGUCGUACCACAAUGAUUUGAGGAAAGAAAAAUGGAACAGCGUUUUAGCAGACAUGGCCGAAUCAUGCUAUGGGCCGACACAACCGAUGUUGGAUGUUCCGCCAAUGUAUGCCCAACUACGGAUGUCAGAGAUGCUGGAUUAG